UGAGUGAGGGGCCAGGCAAGGCUGAAGGGGCUGGGCAAGUCUUGAGGGGCGUGAGGGGGCCGAACGCGGCUCCUGCGCCUUUGUGGCGCUGUCCCCGCCGCUCUGUGUUCUGUCGCGCUGUGUCGCAGCGUGGUGGCGGAGCAGCUCAUCCCGCUGCUCUUCUCAUCCAGACACGGCUCCGUCCUGUGGGCUCUGCCGCCGCCUCCCUCCCGAGAUCCCGCUGCUUUGGGGUCACUGCUGCCAGCUGUCGUUAGUCUUUAAUGAAUUAACAGCUCUCUAAGAUUAGACACGAGAGGGUUUUUUUUUCCUCCUGUAGGCUCUGAGUGCAGAGGGCUGUGGGAAUUGCCGGUGAAAAAUCCUUUUUAUUCUUAACCAAGGUGGCUGUGGCUCUCAGGGGAAAGACACUUCAGGUGGGCUCUCGGUUCUACAAAAGCCUCUCCCAGGCUGGCUCCAAGCAUCAGAGGAAGGAGAACACGGUGUUAUUUUGGCUGAAGUGCUCAGCUUCAAGACUUCACGUUGUUCCUCACAGCUUGGAGGGAUAUGAAGGCAAUUGGAAAAGUUCUUUGUGCUACAGGGGUUGUAGCUGUGCUCAUAGCUUUCUUCUGGGAAGACGACUUUAACCCAGAGAGCCUGUCUGGUGCCCGUGUCCUCGUGACUGGAGCCAGUGCUGGGAUUGGAGAGCAGAUAGCAUAUCACUAUGCCAGGUUUGGUGCUGAAAUUGUGUUGACUGCCAGGAGGGAAGCUGUGCUGCAGAAGGUGAUGGAGAAAUGCCUGACACUUGGAGCAAAGAAAAUAUUUUACAUCCCUGCAGAUAUGUCUUCCCCUUCAGAGCCUGAAAGGGUGGUGCAGUUUGCUGUCCAAAAGCUCGGGGGCCUGGAUUACCUGAUGCUGAACCACAUCGGCACCAACCGCUUCCAGGAGUGGGCUGGGGAUGUGGAGUACACGCGCUGGCUGCUGCAGGUGAAUUUUUUGAGUUAUGUGGCUCUUGCAACAGCAGCUCUUCCCACCCUGGAGAAGAACAGAGGUGCUCUGGUGGUUGUUUCUUCCCUCACAGGGAAAAUGCCCACUCCCUUCACCACUUCUUACUCUGCCACCAAGUUUGCCCUGGAUGGAUUCUUCAGCUCGCUGCGCCACGAGCUCAUCAUGCAGAGCAGAGAUGUGUCAGUCACCCUGUGCAUCCUGGGCCUGAUUGACACUGAGUCAGCACUGGAGUACACCAGGGGCAAAGUGCUGCUCAGCGCCUCCCCCGCUCCCGAGGCCGCGCUCGCCAUCGUCCGGGGCGGAGCCGCUCGGGCACCCGAGAUUUUCUACCCGCGGUGGCUGCGGCCGCUCUGCUGCCUCUGGGCUCUGUUCCCCAGCAGCGGGAACCAGGUGCUGCGGACCUUCUACAACUACAGCAGCCCCUGAGGGGUGCCCAGUCUCAUCCUACAGCCCUGUAAUCCCAUUCCUGCCAUCCCAC